AUGAAGAACUUCGCCAACAUCCUUGCCGCCACGGCCCUGGCAGCCAAUGGUGCUUCUGCCCAUUACAUCUUCGAGAAGCUCACGGCGGGUACCACGCAGUUCGAUACCUACCAGUACAUCAGGGAGAACACCAACUAUAACUCGCCAGUCACCGACUUGACCUCGAACGACCUUCGAUGCAAUGUUGGCGCCGACGGAGCUACCACCGACACGAUCGAGAUGACUGCUGGUGAAGCUUUUGCUUUCACCUUGGACGUCGCCGUUUACCACCAAGGCCCGAUCUCCAUGUACAUGUCCAAGGCCCCCAGCGCCGCCUCGGAGUACGAUGGCAGUGGCGAAUGGUUCAAGAUCAAGGACAUUGGCCCGGAUUUCUCCAGCGGGACCGCAGUUUGGGACAUGGCUCAGACAUACUCGGGCACGAUUCCCACCUGCGUUGAGGACGGCGACUAUCUCCUCAGAAUCCAGUCCCUCGCCAUCCACAACCCGUGGCCCGCGGGCAUUCCGCAGUUCUACGUCGAAUGCGCCCAAGUCACCGUCUCGGGCGGGUCGGGAACCUAUGCGCCAGCCACGGCUCUGAUCCCCGGAGCAUUCUCUGACACCGACCCAGGCUACACUGUUAACAUCUACUCUGGAUUCACCAACUACACCGUCCCCGGCCCUGCAGUUAUAACCUGCUAA